AUAUAUCUAUAUAUUCUCUAUAUUUUAUAUACCUGUGUUCUAUAUACCAUUCAAAAAUUUAUGUUUAUUUAAAUAAUGAAUCAACAACAAGUCAAUGACAACACAAUCGUUUUUUCCUCACCUUUUUCAGUUUAUGAAGGUGUACCUUUCUAUCAACAAGAGCAAGAUAAGAUCGACUUUUAUCAUGAGCAAAAAGAAGGCGAUCAAAACCAACAAGCAGUAGAUGAUUUCAAACCCACAUUCUACAACCCAUUUGAAAUCAAACAUCGCAGAAGAACAUCUAGGGCCCAAUUUAAGGUCCUCGAGAAAACCUUUUUGGAAAACCCAAAGCCCAAUGCCGCUAUCCGUCGAUGGCUCGCUCAGAAACUCAGCAUGACACCUCGAGGUGUUCAAGUUUGGUUUCAAAACCGUAGAGCUAAAGAAAAGACUGCCACUUCAAAAAAGAUGGAAAAGAAAUCAGUACAGACCGAGGCUCCCGUUGCUAACAGCACUACCACGUCUGAUACUAUCUUGCAAUAUCCAUCUCUCAUCAACCAAACAACUCCUACCUUGUCCAUUCCUUCCUCACCAGUUCAUUCCAUCUGCGCUUGUCAGGAUUGUCAACCUCUUUUUGCUACACCAAUGAGCCGCACUACUUCCUACCCUCCAUUUUAUAGUAGUGAUGGUUCCACAACAGCUGAUGAAGAAGAGUUUUUAAUGACACCUGUCACUCCCUUUGUUGAUCAACAGCAACAACAACAAUUUGUUUAUGAUUCAUACCCUAUUUUUAUGAAUAACGACAAUCAAAUUAAACAACAAGCUUGGAUCAAUUCUUCAUGGCCUGCUUUGAUGAAUGAAGAGCAGACAGCAGCGGCAGCGGCAGCAGCAGCAUUGUCUUACUUCAAUAAUAAUAACAUGCGACGCACCAUGUAUCCCGAUAAUAUGAUGUUUGAUAGUCGCAGAUAUUCUUGCUCAUUCACACCUGAAGCUCAAUCAAAUGAGUUUAUUCGUCGUCUUUCAGAACCCAUUUUCGAUCAGGGCUUGGACUUGAUUGAUACCACUCAGUUUAACUUAUUGCCUAGAAAUACUGGCUUCAUGUAAACAACAACAACUAUCCUUAUUUUUUUAUGAUUCUUUCCUUCUUUUAUGCCUCUAUCUAUAUAUACCAAGAAAAUUAUUUAUGUAAAUACUAUGUAAUCAUUUCAUCCCCCCUAUUUUAUUCCCCCUUUCAUCUCCUCCUUACUUUUUUUAUUAUUAUUAUAUCCCCUUAUUUUUUUCUGCGUGGUUGUAUGUUAUCUUAUGCCUUUUAUUUUAUUUUUUUUUAAUUUAUGCUUUGAUCGGCCGGUUCUGUCUCUUCAUUAUAAACAAACACAUACAGUCAAACCUAUAGAAUUUAGCGUUUUCGAAAAAAUAAAUGACGGAAUC